AUGGAUCGUACUUGGAUGUACGAUAGAGUAUAUUCCAAUAGACACGGAUUGAAAGAAGAGUAUGUUCGCGGGGUUAAAGACUUCGUAAAGAGGGCUUUGAAACAACCUAUUUGUAAAUCUGAGGGAGGGAUAAGGUGUCCGUGUAUAAAUUGCAAGUGUCUCAAGAUAAGAACACCAACUAAUGUUAGACUUCACUUGUAUCGAGAUGGAUUUCAACCAGACUAUUGGAUUUGGACUCAACAUGGAGAAGUAGAGCUCAAUGUUAAUACAAGGAAUGAUUCAAAUAGUAGUGAGCAUGUGCAUCAUGAUGACCAAAUUGAGGCAAUGAAUCAGAUGGUGUAUGAUGCUUUUAGGCCUUAUGGAGUAUUCUCUCACGUGAAUGAUAACAUAGAAGUUGAGGAAUAUAUGGAGGAUGAGUUUCCCAACGAAGAUGCCAAACGAUUUUAUGACAAGUUGAUAUCUUUCAACAAGCCCAUUUAUGAGGGAGCUACCCAAUCAAUAUUAUCAAUAUCUACUCAACUUCUUGAAAUUAGGUCUAAUUGGCAUGUACCACAAAAAGGUUUAGAUUUUGUUGCACAAAUGCUUAAAAGUGUAUGUCCAGUUCAAAAAUGCUUGCCCGAGAACUAUUACCAAGCAACACAGUUGGUAUCUAAGUUAGGGCUAAAGGUUGAGAAGAUUGAUUGUUGUAAGAAUGGUUGUAUGUUAUAUUACAAGGAUGAUAGCAAUCUAUCAGAGUGCAAAUUUUGUAAUGCUCCUAGGUUCAUUCCUCGCAAGACUGGCAUGGGAAAGUACAAAGAUAUACCAGUGAAGAGAAUGUUCUACUUCCCAAUCAUUCCCAGAUUACAAAGAUUGUAUGCAUCAACUGAGUCGGCAAGUGAAAUGAGAUGGCAUCACAUGAACAAAAAUAGUUCCAACAUCCUUCGCCACCCGUCAGAUGGAAAAGCAUGGAAACAUUUUGAUAGUGUAUAUCCUGACUUUUCUAGGGAACCCAGAAAUGUAAGGUUGGGUCUGUGUUCAGAUGGUUUUACUCCUUACAUUCAAGCGUCUGCUUCUCCAUACUCAUGUUGGCCAAUAAUAGUUACUCCGUAUAAUCUCCCCCCUGAAAUGUGCAUGACCAAACCAUACUUGUUUUUGGCAUGCCUCAUACCCGGACCUAAAAACCCUAAAUUAAAGAUAGAUGUCUACUUGCAACCAUUGAUUGAUGAUCUACAUCGAUUAUGGUCCAAUGGAAUAUUGACCUAUGAUAUAUCUACAAAACAAAACUUCAUCAUGAAAGCCUGCUUGAUGUGGACAAUUAAUGAUUUUCCAGCCUAUGGUAUGUUAUCUGGAUGGGGAACACAAGGUAAAUUGGCAUGCCCUCAUUGUAUGGAACACACUGAUGCUUUCACCUUGAAAAGUGGCCAUAAGAAUUCCUGGUUUGACUGUCAUCGUCGUUUCUUGCCAUCUAAUCACUCCUUCAGAAGGAGUAAAAGAAGUUUCCUAAAAAAUAGGGUUGUGACCAAUGAGCCACCUCCCAUUUCCACAGGGAAAGAUAUAUGGGCGGUAAUAAGUAAUUUUCCAAAAGUUACUGAAAUUGGAUGGGAGGCAAAAUGGAAAGAAUUCGAAGGGUAUGGAGUGGAUCACAAUUGGAAAAAGCGAAGUAUUUUUUGGGAUCUCCCAUAUUGGAAGGAUAACUUGUUAAGGCAUAACCUCGAUGUGAUGCACAUAGAAAAAAACGUCUUCGAUAAUAUAUUUAAUACUGUCAUGAAUGUUAAGGAUAAAACAAAGGAUAAUGAAAAGGCAAGAGAAGACUUGGCUAAAUUAUGCUUUCGCGGGGACUUGGAGCUCCAACCCUUAGAAAACGGAAAGAAUGGUAAACCAAAGGCUAGUUACACUCUAACCAAAUCUGAAGCCAAAAAAGGGUACGGUGCAUGGGAUGAAGAGCCAUGA